GAGCGGGAUCGGGCCGUGUACAGACACCCGACCUGCGCUCUACCUUUGGGCGGUGAGGAAGUGGGGUCGCAUCACCUGGUCGCGCCCGCCUGGGCUCGGCCACUCUGCCCUUACUUGCCUCAGCGCAGGGCCUGUGUUAUGCACCUAAAGCCAUACUGGAAACUCCAGAAGAAAGAGCGUUCUCUGGAAGUCUGCAGGGACACUCUGAGAAUUCUUAUGAGCCAUCAAAAGGCUGUAAAUGAUGAAAAAUGCAAAGCUAGCUAUAUGAAAACAAGUGUCUUUCCUUCAACUUCUUUUAGCAAAGCAUCAUCUCGAAAACCUUUUGGGAUCCUUUCUCCAAAUGUUCUGUGCAGUAUGAGUGGGAAGAGCUCUGCAGAGAACAGCUUGAAUGUCAAAACUAAAAAGAAUGUGCCACCUGCAACAAUCCACCAGGGUGAAGAAGGAGAAGGGCCACUUGAUAUCUGGGCUGUUGUGAAACCUGGAAAUACCAAGGAGAAAAUUGCAUUCUUUGCAGCUCACCAGUGUAGCAACAGGUUAGGAUCUAUGAAAGUGAAAAGCUCUUGGGAUAUUGAUGGGAGAGCUACUAAAAGAAGGAAAAAAUCAGGGGAUCUUAAAAAAAACAAGAUACAGUUAGAAAGAAUGAGGGAUGUCAAUAACAGGUGCUACCAGCCUGAGCCAUUUGCAUGUGGCAUUGAGCACUGUUCUGUGCAUUAUGUAAGUGACAGUGGAGAUGGAGUCUAUGCUGGAAGACCUCUGUCGGUUAUACAGAUGGUUGCCUUCCUUGAACAAAGAGCCAGUGCUCUGCUAGCUAGCUGUGCGAAAAACUGCACAAACUCACCUGCCAUUGUGAGGUUUUCUGGCCAAUCUAGAAGUAUGCCUCCUGCCCCUGACCCAUUCUCUGCCCCAGGAGCUUGUGAAGAACCCACAGAAAGGGGAAAUUCUGAGGUUGGCGAACCACAGAGCGAACCAGUCCGUGUCCUAGACAUGGUAGCCAGGUUGGAGUCCGAGUGCCUGAAGCAGCAGAGCCAGCGUGAGCCUGGAAACCUGUCGCGGAAUAACAGCUUCCGUCGAAAUGUGGGCAGGGUGUUGCUUGCAAAUAGCACUCGGGCUGAUGAAAGCAAAACAAACAAAGGCAUCUUGGAGGCACCUGAUACUCAGGUGACUCCCAUGCAGUCUGUGUCUGUAGACUGUGGUCCCUCAACAGCUGACCAUUGUUCUACUAAGGGGGACCAGGCCUGGGAUAGUGCUUCUCAGAGCUGUCCCUCAUUGCCAGCAGGUGUGAAUUUCCACUUGGACAGGGCAGAAUUAGAGCCAGGUCAACAUACUGCUGUGAAAAACAACAACAGGUAUGAUGUGGAAAUGACAGAUGAACUUGAUGGAUUACCUUUUUCUUCUCACACCUACCCCCAAGCCACUGAAUUGCCCACAGAUGCUGUCAACUGUAUUAGUAGAGAGCUUGUGCCUCUUACUAACCAAAAUCCUGAUCAGAGAAGAAAAGAAUAUCUGUGCAUCAGCAUCACUGUUUCAAAGGUAGAGAAAGCCCAGCCUUCUAGUUUAAAUUCCCAUGAGGAGCCACUUCCAGGGAUGUUGUUUUUUUUGCCAUCUGGUCAACACCAGUUAGACUGUUCCCAGUUGAACGAAAGCACAGCACAGGAGUCUUCAGAGGCAGGCCAGCUUGAAGAUGCUGCUCAAAUUGACAGUGCAUCUGAGGAGAAAAGUGUUUCAGUUGAGCCACUUGCACCACCAGUUUCUGCAGUGGAAGGUACGUUACCUGUACUUGAAGCCUCCAGUUGGAAGAAGCAGGUGUCUCAUGACUUUCUGGAGACGAGGUUUAAAAUCCAGCAGCUUCUGGAGCCUCAGCAGUACAUGGCAUUUCUGCCUCACCACAUUAUGGUGAAAAUCUUCAGGUUACUUCCCACCAGGAGUUUAGUAGCUCUUAAAUGUACCUGCUGCUAUUUCAAGUUCAUUAUUGAGUACUACAACAUCAGGCCAGCAGAUUCUCGCUGGGUUAGAGAUCCACGCUACAGAGAAGACCCGUGCAAGCAGUGCAAGAAAAAAUAUGUGAAAGGGGAUGUGUCCCUGUGCCGGUGGCACCCCAAGCCCUAUUGCCAAGCAUUGCCCUAUGGGCCUGGGUACUGGAUGUGCUGCCACCGGUCUCAGAAGGGCUUUCCUGGCUGUAAGCUGGGGCUUCAUGACAAUCACUGGGUCCCUGCGUGCCACAGCUUUAAUCGGGCAAUCCAUAAGAAAGCAAAAGGGACUGAAACUGAAGAGGAAUACUAAAGUCCAGGGGAGAGGCAACAAAAAGGACUGAUCUUUUAAACCACAAAAUACCUAGAUAAACUGUUCACGCGAGUGUUGCCUCUCAGUUAUCACUUUAGGAGUCUGUACUUACUCCUUCAGGACUGCCAUCACUCAGGCAUUUUUCUAAACUCUGAACUUACCAGCUGUAUAAGAAAAAUGGUCUCAUGGUUUUAUAGUGGCGCCUCAACAUUUGAUCCAGGGUGGUAUCCCACAGCUUGAUUCACUCAGCUGCAAAUAACUAUGCCUGUUUUCUGUCAUCAAAACCUUCCUUAAAGGAUGACAGCUUGCCACCAUCAAGGACAUUGAGAGGAGUUCACUGCAGACUCUGCAGGCAGUUCCCAGAGGUUCCAGAAAUGUUUCCAGCACUGGCACCAUAUAUGAAAUAAGUGAAUAGUGUCCUAUGAAAAAACAGACCCUUGGAUGAUAAGUAUACCUAAAAAGGAAGAGUCAGGCACCUUACCCUAGACCUUGUAUGCUUGAUCCUGUGAGAUUGAUGUUUGUGAUUGAAGAUGGAUUUCAUGCCCUGUGGUGUUUACAGUGUAUAUAAUGGUUGUGUUUUCAUAGGGCUGUGAAAGUGCACAUUAAACCCGAGCGCCUUUAUCUUUAGAUGAGUGCUUUAGCCCCUCUGUAAAUAACACAAUUAAAAUACAGUUGUAUAUGAUGGAGAGCUGACUUAAAAGCAUAAUCACCACAAUGCAGCUAGGAUAGUGUUGCGGCUAUAAUUGUGUUUUUUUAAAAUUGUCUCAAAGUUUGUACAUCCUGUAUAAAAUAUGAAUGUUUCUCAAACUAUGAAUGUUCCCUGUAUAAUAUAUGAAUGUUUCUGAGAAGAAACUCUAAAUAGUUAAGAGGUUAACCUGUUGAAAGGAUACCAAAUAAUGGUUUAACUGGACAACCUUAAAAUUAGCAUAGAGAACAAUUCCUUGUUAUAUUUUAGUGAUCCACCAAGAAUGAGAGAAUAUUAUAUAGUCAGAUUAUAACAUUCUUGUCUACUUUAUCCUUUCUGUCUGGUUACAAUUUUUUUUAACUUCAAUAAACAUGCAUCUUAAAAGAAA